UGUCGGAUUUAUGUAAACUACAACAUUGUAACAAAAUGGCGACUGUUUAGGUCACGUCAUUAAUGCAGGCAGCAAUGUUUUUUCCUACAACUCAACUGAUACAAGCAAGUUAUCAUUUGGAUCUUGAAGGAACUAGCGUCAUUCGAAGGAAUCGUGUUCCAAGUCGGUCGGUAACUGUCCCAACCUUCGAGGAAUUUACUAUCUAGCUACUUUAAUCUUAUUUUGAGGUUACAUGUGAGCUUCCACCUUGGAUGAGGAUUUACAGCAGGAAUGUAUUGAUGCCGAGGUGGAACAUUACUUUUUGACCUUCAAGAUGUGUUGGAUGUAUCAAAUGUUUCACAACAACAAGGGAUAUUCUCUAUGGAUCACUUUUUCCUAAAUAUCAUUGUUUAACCAUGGUGGAACUUGCUAACCCUCUGUAUACGGAGUGGAUUCUAGAAGCAAUACAGAAAAUCAAAAGGCAAAAACAGAGGCCUUCCGACGAGCGGAUUUGUCAUGCGGUGGCUACCUUACACAGAUUGGACAAGAGGACCGUUCUGGAGCAGUUGGAGUUAAGUGUUCACGAUGGUUCCAUUCUCAAAGUCACCAAUAAGGGGAGCGUGUCGUACAAAGACCCUGAGCACCCUGGGAGAGGAGUAUCUUCAUCAACAACAUCAUCGCUCAAACCUGUUAGUGCAAACCUCUCUGUCCCAUUGUCUAAAGGAUCUAUAUGGAAUCCCAGUGACCUUCGCCACGUUGACUGGAAUAAAAUUCUGAGGAGGGCCAUCGAGGGUCUGGAUGAUAACCACGGUUCCUCUCUGAAGAACAUCCAGAGGUACCUAAGGAACCAGGAUGAUCUAUCACAUGUCCUGGACAACCCGGGGUUUCAGCAGAGGUUACGACUGUCCGCCAAACGGGCAGUCAACAACGGCCGGCUGGAGAAGACCGGCCCACUCUACAGGUUAAACCAGGGGGGUAGUGGAGCGGAGGGGAGGAGCCAGAGGUGUCCAGGUGCUUCCCCAUUGGCUCUUCAGUGUGUCACACUUCUUCCACAUGAGAGUGACCAGCUACGCGCUGACCCCAUCCCAAUAUGCAGUUUCUGUUUGGGAACGAAAGAGUCCAAUCGGGACAAGAGGCCAGAGCAGCUUCUCUCCUGUGCAGACUGUGGGAGCAGCGGGCACCCAUCUUGUCUGAAGUUCUCCCCAGAGCUGACCACAAAUGUGAAGAGAUUGCGAUGGCAAUGUAUAGAAUGCAAAACCUGUAGCUCCUGUCGAAUACAGGGCAAAAACGCUGACGAGAUGCUGUUCUGUGACUCUUGUGAUCGGGGGUUUCACAUGGAGUGCUGCAACCCACCACUCUCAAGGAUGCCAAAAGGUACCUGGGUCUGCCAGGUCUGCAGGCCCAAGGAAAAUGGAAAGAAACUGCUGCAUAAGAAAGCCGAUGAGAUCAAACGUCGAUAUGCAAAGCCAAUCGGGAGGCCCAGAAAUAAGCUCAAACAUAGAAUGUCUGUAAGCAGUGGUGACGGCUCCAUGCUAGCCCGGGGAGGAAGGGGGUCACCUGGUAGGGGUCAAAAGCUUAUCGUCUGUUCCACACCUUCAUCUGGUCAUGCAGCAUCUGUGAAGGACGCCACAGACAGAUUGGCUGUUGCUACAUCAGACCCCUGUUGGGCCGGUGACGCUGUCACCUUCACCACCCAAUUCACCACCUCCUCCUCCACCCCUUCCACCACCCCCCCCCUCACGCCCACCUCGUCCUCCUCCACCCCAGCAGUUAGACUCACUGUUAACAAGAAAACCAAAGGGCUUAUCGAUGGGCUUUCCAAAUUCUUUACCCCCUCGCCUGUCGGCCGCAGGUCGUCGCGAGCCGGCGAAAUCUUAGACCCCUCUGCCCUGAAAGGGCCACAGUCUUGUUGUCCUGCUAGGAAAAAGCCGGGCACUCCGCCGAAACUAUGGGAACUCAGUCCGUCUCAGUCAGUUCUUGGCUUAGCUGCAAAGUCUGAUACAACUCCAAGUCAAAAGCUAACCACCACCAUAUCUCCCUGUACACUCCCUCUCCCCCCCCCACCCACUACGCUUGGACAUAGCCCCACCACCUCCCUGGUCUCCUCCAGCUCCACCUCCGCUAACUCACCCCAGAGUUCUUCCAGCCAGUCUAGCGUCCCCUCCAUCACCAGUCUCUCUAAUCACAACCAACUUAAGGGACUCUUUGACGGACUCUCCCAUAUCUAUGCCACUCAGGGACAAUCUCGGAAAAAGGGACUGCCUUGCUACGCACCACCUAAGCGCAGACACCGUAAGCAGGACUUAGGGUCCUGUGCCACCGCGUCCAAAACAUAUCCUCUCAUUCCCCAUCCUCCCCAACAGCGCCUCGGAAAGAAAGAGAUGACAAAGAAUAGGUUGUUGUUGUCGUCCCACUCCUCCUCCCAUCCCAGGCCCGGCCGGCCCAGGGGGCGCCCCUUUAAGGUGGUCAGUCACUUCAGACGUAGCCCCUUUUUAAAAAAGCACAGGACGCUAGGCAGGCUAAGAUGUAGAGUGACCCCUCAGAAGGGACCCCAGGAAACACCAGGAAAGGGAGACAUGACAGACGAAGGAAGAAUUAAGGCAGAGCACGACCAUGGCUGUGAAGGUGAAUUGAGGGUGAAGCAGGAACCUGGCUUUGUAGCGGUCUCCAGGGAACAUGUCACAGAGGAAGACAUGGAGAUAUUCACACAGGUCCACGAGCUCUCGUCGCAGAGAAAUGGAACCAUGACUAUCACUGACUCUGGACGAUACCCGGCCGUCAUUGAGUUUGGGAAGUAUGAAAUCCAAACCUGGCACUCAUCGCCUUACCCACCGGAAUACUCAAGAUUGCAAAAGCUUUACCUGUGUGAGUUCUGUCUGAAGUACAUGAGAUGCAAGAACAUCCUCCAGCGACACGCCAAGAAGUGUGGCUGGUUUCAACCUCCAGCCAAUGAGAUUUACAGGAAGGAUGACCUUUCAGUGUUCGAGGUUGAUGGAAAUGUCAGCAAGCUCUUCUGCCAAAACCUCUGCCUGUUAGCCAAGCUGUUCCUGGAUCACAAGACCCUAUAUUACGACGUGGAGCCUUUCCUUUUUUACAUACUAACAAAGAAUGACGAGAAAGGCUGUCACCUUGUGGGUUAUUUCUCCAAGGAAAAGCUUUGCCAGCAGAAAUACAAUGUCUCCUGUAUAAUGAUCAUGCCUCAGUACCAAAGGCAAGGCUUUGGAAGGUUCCUCAUUGAUUUCAGUUACCUUCUGACGAGGCAGGAAGGACAAGCUGGCUCCCCAGAGAAGCCUCUGUCAGAUCUGGGUCGCUUAUCCUACCUGGCAUAUUGGAAAAGUGUCAUGGUGGAGUACCUCUAUAAGCAGCCAGAUAAACACAUCAGCGUUAAAGGAAUAAGCAGGGCCACUGGGAUGUGUCCGCAUGAUAUCGCCGCUACUCUCCAGCAUCUCUGCAUGAUUGACAGGCAGGAUGGCAGGUUUGUGGUGAUUCGAAGAGAGCGGUUGAUCCAGAGGCACAUGGAGAAGCUGCGAGCCAGCCCCAGGCUGAACCAGGUGGACCCUGACGCACUGCACUGGACCCCCAGCCCCAGGCUGAACCAGGUGGACCCUGACGCACUGCACUGGACCCCCGCAGUGGCCCUCAACGCUGUCCUGUCUGAGGAGGAGAGAGAGGUCGAGAUGGAUGCUGAGCGACUGAAGGAGCAGGCUAGUUGGGAGAAUGAAGAGAGAGCGGUGUCCUAUCUGAUGACUAGCAUACAUCACCCUCGUCCUCCCACUAAGGUCUACAGUAAGAACCCCUUCAGAACAUAUGAGCGUCGCCCCACAACCGCUGGAGACCAAAGACUGCACGACUCUGAGGAAUGUAGUGAUGACGAAGAUGAGGAUGAUUCUGAUGGAUCGCCGCCCAUCCUAACGAAAGCCCAUGCUAUGUUUGGUGUCAAGAGAAAGAGAGAGAGAGCUGAGAGAGCUGUCAUGCUCAAGAAGAGAGGUCGCAAGAGAAGAAGGAUUAAUAGCAGUGUGACGACAGAGACCAUCUCAGAGACGACGGAGGUUCUGAACGAACCGUUUGACAACUCUGAGGACGAGAGGCCCAUGCCCCUGCUGGAGAGAACCUGCGGGGUGGGCGAGAUGGAGGAGGAGGAGGGGCUGAGGAAACCAGUGAAGAGACGCAGAGGUCGUCCGCGGCUGGAGAAAAACAUGGACAGAGACAAUCGUGAACACUGGAAUGAAGUAGCCGGUGUCCUGUCAAAGAAACCGGGCAGGCCUCGAGCGGUUAAGCGCAAGAAGGGCUGGCCCAAAGGAGUGAAAAGGGGGCCUCCAAAAUGGCGUCUGAAGAAGGAGAGGAAGAUGGGCUUCAAGCUGAACCUGUACACUCCCCCCGAGACGCCGCUGGAGGCCGAGGAGCCCCACAUCCAGGCCGAGGAGCCCAAGGAGGAGCCGGAGGACCAGGACAAGGCCUCGACCAUCACGGAGGAGGAGUCAGAGCCCGGCAGAGACCUGGCCGGUCGGGACACAGAUAUGGACAAGCGCCUGCCCUCAGAGCCCCACAGUCCCAUGGAGGAAGAUAGUCCUAGUAAACUGAGCUCCCCUGGGGUAUCUCCUGUGGCUUCUCCCAUGGCCUCUUCUCCAGUAGCCUCCCCUAUGGCCUCUAGAGCUAGCUCCCCUGUCUUCUCUAUGUGUUCUCCCGUCAGAUCCCCCAUCCGUGACGAGCCACCGGAGGAGGACCCACAAGACAGUGAGCACGGGAACUCUCAAGCUCCUUCUCCAUCCAAACAGCUGGACCACAGCACUGAAAGAUCAGCCGAGGAUGAUGAAGACGAAGAGGCCACUCACCUGGACGCGGACGAUGAAGACGAGAGUCGCAUCGAGUCGACUGCAGAGCCAGAGAAAGAGGAGCGGAAGCAAGAGCCAGAGCCUUGUCAGGAGCCUCCUGAAGCGGAGUCCUGCACCACCCUGACUUUUUUACAUCCAAAUGACAACAAUAAGGAUUCUGGACGACGUCAGGAGGGGUCUGAAGGGAUGGCCUAUUGGCGCGAGGAGGAGCGGCCGGCCAACACUGGAGACGAGAGAAGAGACGGUAUCCAGGAACAGGCACCAACCGCAGUAGCAGCAGUAGACUCUGAUCACCCCGUUGACUCCGAGUCAGAGGAGAGUAGCAGUCAGGAGGCUCGACGCCAGCCCCAGCAGUCAGAAAGGGAUAGAGAGAGGCUUGUUGCUCUGAAUCCUUCUGCUGUGCUGAGAGACCGAGAGGAGGACCGAGAGGAGGACCGAGAGGAGGACCGAGAGGAGGACCGAGAGGAGGACCGAGAGGAGGACCGAGAGGAGGACCGAGAGGAGGACCGAGAGACGGCCCAGGCCGUGCAGAGCCUCACCCAGGAGACAGAGCGCGACACAGAGACACCGCAGGACAGCUCCAGCUCGGUGUUCCACCAGGAGGCGAGCCACAGCCUGCAGACCCACCCCAUGGUCCCCCAUAGCCCCCCUCACACCCUAACCUCGCUGGACGAAGGCUGCCCCCAGUCGGACCACAGCAGCCCCCUGUCCUCGGCCCACUCCCACCCCAGCCAGUCGGUGCGCUCUGUCAGCAGCCCGGCGUUGUCCAUCCUGGAGAGUAGCAGAGGCAGCAGCAGUGGAGGUAGUGGCGCAGGAGGAGGUUACACCCAGAUCAGCCCUGACCAUGGCUCCAGCAGCGGAGCCUCCAUCUCAGUCCCCUCCUCCCUCCACAACAUGGAGACCAGCCCCAUGAUGGACGUGCCGUCGGUGUCGGACCACUCGUCCCAGCAGGUGGUGGACAGCGGCUUCAGCGACCUGGGCUCCAUCGAGAGCACCACAGAGAACUAUGAGAACCCCAGCUCUUACGACUCCACGCUGGGGGGCAGCAUCUGUGGUGGGGCCGGGGGUCCGGGCGGACCUGGGGGCCCCCCUCAGAACAGCUGUUCCUACGGCCCCCUCCCCCCCAGCGGCCUGGUGCAGAGCAGCUGUGCCGUCAGCCAGCAAAUGGGGGGCGUCAACCCUGGAAGCUGUGGCAUGAUUCAGCAGAAUAGCCUAAGCUCCCCGCAGCACUGCAACGUCAAGUCACCACAGGGCUGUGUGGUGCUGGUGGAGAGACCACCGAGUAAUGGUCAACACAGUCAGAGGACUCAGCACAGUCAACACAGCCAGCACAGUCACAGUCAAACAAUCACACACAAUCCCCAUGGCCAUACUAGGCACACUAUCACUCCACACAAUCAGCAUCCGCAACAUAAUCAGCCUCACAGCGCUCCACACAAUCAACACAGCCAGAUAACGCAACACAACCCACACACACACCCUACACACAGUCAGCCACAUGGUGUACAUCACAAUCAACACAGCCUUCACAAUCAACACAGCCUUCACAAUCAACACAAUCAACACGGUCAACACAGCCUUCACAAUGAACACGGUCAACACAGCCUUCACAAUCAACACAGCCUUCACAAUCAACACAGCCACAGUCAGCAACAGGCCAUGACACAGUGCGGCAUGCCUACCAACUUCACGGCGCCCAUUCAGCUAGCUGACAUCCCUGAGUCAGGCAACCCCAACCUGAGCAACAUCUAUGAGAGGAUGAACCAGGAGGGCUAUGGCAGCGGUCAUUACUCCCAGCCCUCAGCCACCUUCAGCCUGGCCAAACUGCAGCAGCUGACCAACACCCUCAUAGACCACCCUCACUCUCUGCCUUUUAACCACUCUGCCUCCCACUCCCACCCUAUCACAUCCUAUGCAAACAGUACCUCCCUGUCAUCACACUCGCAGCACUCUGGCCUGGUGUCUCUGUCCCAGUCCCCCCACCCCGGUCACCCUCGCCCCCAUGGGGUCUCUCCUCACCCCGGUGGCCCCCAGGUCCAGGUGCAGGCCACCAUGACCCCCCCUCUGACCUCCUCCCACCCCCUCAGUUCCCCACAGAUGAUGCUGCAGCGCAACGCCAUGGGCAUCCCCAACAUCCCUACCUCCCAGUGGACUCUACAGGCUCAGAUGGCCCCCGGGGGACCCAAGGGCCCCACACACAUUGCCAUGCGCUCCAAGUCAGCGGCCUCUGGUCUCUCCUCCCACCCCCACCACCAGCAGCAGAUGUACAGCCACACCCGCGGGCCCCUCCAGACAGUCACCAUGCAGGCCCCCUCAUCCCGGACGCUGGCAGCCAUGCCACGGGGCAUGAACAUGGGCACGGUCAACAUCAUGCCGGCCCCUGGCAAUCCCUACAACCAUGCUGUUAGUGUCAACUCCAUGAACAUGCCCUCUGCCUCCAUCAACCACGCCAUGAACGGCUACCACGUCACAACCCAGGGGCCAACCAUGAUGGCUGCCAACGGUGGUUACCACAGCAACCAGAUGUCGGGCCACCAGAUGACGGCGGCCUACAUGAACCAGUCGCCCGGGGCCCAGUACGCCUCUAUGCAGAUGGGCAUGAUGGGAACACAGCCAUACCCCCAGCAACCCAUGCAGGCUCCGCCGCACAGCAACAUGUACUCUUCAGCUGGUCAGCACGGAUACAUGACCAACACUGGACCCAUGUCCAAGCAGACACUCAAAGGGCCUUUCAUCAGACGGUAACCCAUGGUUACUGACCUAACGGUUAAAGAAACCGUAACUAAUGACAAACAAACUGAAUCAAUCUCUGGAUGUUUAAAUCACACAAAUGUGCAUUAUUAUUACUAUGAGUCCUAGAUGCACAAAUUUGGCCUUUUUUUGUUUGUUGAUAAUGUUUGUUUGUUUUCAUUUAGUUUAUAGUUACUUAAAAACCAGCACUUGGAAAGAAUGCAAAAAGUUUCAUCAACAAGCAAACUUUUUACAACAAGCUCCUAUCUAUGUCAAAGUAUUUUUGUUCCUAACAGAUUUGUGUUCUUUUAGGUUCUAAGCCUUACGUCAUGAAGAUAAAAAUGUAUUUAAUUAGUAUUAGUCUCCCUGGUCACUCCUUAGGGUAGAGGGGGGAGGAGACUGGGAAGAGAUUUCAUCACCGGGAGUGAGUGUAGUUAUGUAGCAGCCUCAAACUAAGCCAUCUAAUGUGCCUGCUACAAACAGACUUAAACAAGUGGAUAUUCCUAGAACCUGUUCAGUGUACCUGUCUAACAGUGCUGACGAUUAGUUUGUACUAUACUCAUGCCUUUGUAUAUUUAAAUUAUUGUACUUAUUUUGUAAAGCAUGCUUCGGUCUCCAGUCUCCGUUAGUAACAGUGCAUUGAGUAGUACUGUACAAGUGUUGUGCUUAAUAGCAAGCCAUUCUAAAUAUAUUUUGGCCUUUAUUAGGUUCCCCCUCUCACAGGGCGGGGGAGAAAGAUGAAACUAUAUUUUGUUAAUUCUAAUAAUGUAAAAAAAGUGUAAACUUCUUUAGUCCUGUUCUUCUGUAUGUUUGAGAGGUUUCAUUGCUAUGUAUGUAUAAUUCUGAAGUCUUUUGUAACAGAUGUCCUUCCUUGAGGCAGCUUUCUGUUUUAUAACACAGAAGACUGAUUUCUGUCAAGAUAACUAAGCAUAUCUCAGUGUUUGUACCCUGACUCUGAUUCUAAAACGUUUCAAAGAGGUGUACCAAUGUCGAAAUGUGGCGGAAUUUAAAAAAAACAACUAAAUGAUUGAUGAUUAUUAUUAAUAAUAAAGAAAUAUACAUUUAGUCCAAAGUCGAUAUUUUACAUAAAGCCUUUAAAAAGUAACGUUUUCAUUCCAUCUGUAGAUUUUUUUUCUAUCUUUAUAAAAUGUUGGAUUUAUAUUUUACAAAAUGGAUAAGACUAGAGGAUGUGACUAGACCAAACUAAGCUAACGGAUUGCAUGUAAAAAGCAACUUGUGUUUUUGUCUAUAUUGCUCUUUUGUAGCCUUUCUACCUGUACAGAAUGGCUGGUAGGGUGAGAGCCAGGUCUCCCACUGUAAAUGUGCACAAACGAGCAGUCCUUUGUUGAUGCCAUUUUCCUUUGUCAGUCACUUAAAAAUGGUGUACAUUUUAGCAUAAAAUAAAUUAGGAUUGACCAUGCA